ACAGCUCCGGUGCACGCGUAGAUCAGCGCGGGCCCUCGCGAAAGGGACAUGAGAAGGUGAUACGCCUCCUCGGAGUUCUGAGAGCCUGAGGCAAAUAUGUUAAGGUUGAUAUUCACGAACGUCUUCGAUCACCUCGACAAAUGCCCGGAUCGGUGAUAUUUCAAUUGCUGUGAUGUCGGGGUCGCAUACGCGCACACGGUAUAAGAGGGAGGUGGGUCUUGUUCCUUGCGACGACCACCCUCCGCCCUUGCAUCGCCACUUUUCCUGUAUUUUCUGCGAUGAGAUUGAACACUUUGACGUGUGCGAUGGUGCUGGCGACGGCGGGCAUGGUGGCGGCGACUGAGGGCUUCGACCCUCGUGAGUAUACGAAGCUGAAGAAGCACACGACGUGCAAGGCCGUCAAGCGCGACGAGGGCGACAAGCCCGUCGACAUCAACAUGAGCUAUGUGGACAUCAACCCGUCCGCAAAGCAUACGCUGCUUCUCGUGCACGGGUGGCCGAGCCUGUGGACGACGUGGUCGUACCAGAUCAAGGAGUUCGAGAAUGACUAUCGCCUCAUCGCGCCCGACCAUCGUGGGUUCGGGGAGUCGACGCACCCGGGGGAUGUGCAGUCCUCGGGUACGCUCCAAGAUCUUGUCGCCGACAUGGUCUGCGUGCUCGAGGACGCCGGGGUGACGACGGCCACUUGUGUUGGACACGACUGGGGCUCUGCGGUCUGCUACGAGGCCGCGAGGUCUCGUCCGGAUAUCUUCACCGCGGUCGCAGGCGUCGCGGUGCCCUACAUGCCCGCGAACGGGGAUAAGUUCACGCCCGUGGCCGCGCUCGUCCCUCUCCUCCCGAAGCUCGCCUACAAUGUGUUUUUCGCGGACAACACCAGUGCUGCCGCCGCCGAACUGAACGAGGACGUCGGACGCACCAUCCGCGCUACCUUGCGGCAGAAGAGCAGCCCUCCGCCGGAGGAUUUUCUGACAUAUAAGGACACCUACAUGGGUCCGUGGAAGAAAUACGCUGAGAUCCCGCCAGUUCCUUUCUUCACACCAGAGGAAGAGAAGUACUACGUCGAGCAGUAUAGCAUUCAGAAGUUCGAUAACACUCUGCAAUUCUAUACUACUCCGAAUCGGUACAGCGCCUGGAAAUUCGCGCACGACCAGGGCAACUGGACAAUCCCUCAGCCUGCGCUUUCCAUCUUGCCUAGCGACGAUCCCGUCGCCGACUGGGUCAAGGCCGCCGCCAUCCUCCACUCCGCGGACUUCCUCCCGAACUUGAAGACGGUCGUCGUCCCGGGCUCGCAUUGGUUCCACCUGGAGAGCGCAGAGCUAUUUAACAAGGAGCUGCGCGCAUGGUUGGAGGAAACGCUGGGCGAGAAGGCGGAGACGGCGACGGAGCAUUUUGUGGAUGAGUUCUGAGGGUUCGGACUAGCGAUUUCGAGGGAGGACGAGGACGUGGACGGAUGGACGGAUGGAUUGGGUUGGAUCAUUUAGACAGUAUACAUACAAUAUUCGACCAUGUCAUGGAUGCUAUGUACACCAGAACGACAGUCCGAGCCGGAAUCUACGUGGCGAAGUCCUCGUACAAUGGAUGUCUGCGAGCCUUUCCUACUGCAUCCCAAAUAUCUCCGCCCAUGCGCCGUCGUGCUCGAUCCCUGUCGCGGCCAUACCAUCCAAGCUACCGAAAUUCGCCUCAUCCAC